AUGGCGCCGCCGCUGAGUGCCGCCGCCGACAAUCCGUGGGCCUUGCGCUCGCGGCAGCUGAGCGCCAUCUCUCGCAUGAUCAACCUCGACCGGGAGGAGGCGGACGCCUCCGGGGUCGGAUGGCACGACCCGUGGAAAGUGCUCGUGUACGACUCGUUUUGCCGCGACGUCAUCUCCCCGCUGCUCAAGGUCGGCGACCUGCGCAAGCGCGGCGUGACGCUGCACCUCCUCCUGGACGCGGAGCGGGAGCAGAUCGCGGAC